AUGAAAAAUCAUACCGCCACUCAUGUUCUGAAUCACGCUCUUCGUUGUGUGUUGACCGAUUCCGAUCAGAAAGGAUCUUUAGUUGCUCCGGAUCGACUUCGAUUUGAUUUCACGAACAAACAGGCGAUGACUAUCAAGCAGGUGAAAGAAGCCGAGGAGAUAGUCCAGUCGAUCAUAGACACCCGUGAACCCGUCUAUGCAAAAGAAGCACCGUUGCCUCAGGCUCGUGAAAUCACUGGACUGAGGGCCAUGUUCGAUGAAAAUUACCCUGAUCCUGUUAGAGUGGUGUGCGUUGGGGUACCCGUAGAAAAGCUUCUGUCUGAUCCAAAAAGCGGUGCUGGAUUGAAGACAACUGUAGAGUUCUGUGGUGGAACGCAUCUUCACAACGUUGGACAUAUUGGGCAUAUGGUGAUUUCAUCCGAAGAGGCUAUUGCUAAAGGAAUUCGACGAAUAGUAGCACUGUCAGGACCAGAAGCCGAAAGAGCAUUACAUCGUGCAGAAAGAUUAGCAGCAAGGACUCAGGCCCUAUCAGAUGAAAUAAAAGCAAAUACGAAUUUAGCCAUGGUACUUCCGAAUAAAAGUUCAAAACGACGUCAAAGCAAAUACAAGAAUUGA